AUGGCCUCCCAAGAAGUUGCUGAGGCUCUCCCCAGUUCUGUCUUGCCAGGAAGCCAGGUAGAACCAGAGACGGUGACUAAUUCUCUCUACCAGCCCGAUGAGAGAUCACAAAAUUACCAAAAAGGGGAACUACAAGCCCUUGGGGCUCUCCAGAUCCUGAACGGAACAAUAAUUCUGGCUCUGAGUGUUUUUCUGACUGCUUUACAAAACUCGUACGAAAUCUUCCAAAAAUUCGUUUUUUUUACCAUAUACACGGGCUAUCCGCUAUUGGGUGCUAUAUUUUUUAUUAGUUCAGGAUCUGUAUCCAUUGCAGCCGAGAGAAAACCCACAAGAAUGUUGAUGAAAAACAAUUUUGGGGUGAACAUUGCCAGUGCUACAAUUGCAUCAGUAGGCUGUUUUUUCCUCUCAGCAAACUUAAUAAGUGACAUCCUGUUACUCAAGACUUGUUGGUCUUCACCUAAGACUGCAUCAUCACGAGACUUAUGCAUUUACAUGGGUGCCUCAUCAACUGGCCUUGUGCUUUUAAUGCUGAUCUUGACCUUGCUGGAAUUAUGCAUAACCAUCUCUAUCUCAGUCAAGUGGUGCAAAGCAAACUUCUUCCGUAGAAGAGAGGCAAUUUCCUCAACCCCCAAUUCUGUGGAAUCAGAAUCACAUCUUCAUUAAAGUAAAUUUGAACACAAGGAAAUUCAACCUCAAAUCUCCAUGAGUUAGAGUUCCAGCCAAGGACUUGAAAGAACAUGAGCUUUGAAAUGCAUUUCUACUAUCAUGGUACCAAUUGUGAGAGACCUGGACAUCUGAUUCAAUCCCUUCUUUCCUCAUUAUAAAUUCCAUGCUUCUUUUGGCCUUCCUGGCUUUGUGACUUCUAUGAUCAUCCCUCCAAUGUUGUUCCCAGAAAGUGGUUCUCUUUCUUUUUACCUAA